AUGUUCGCCAACUUCACCAAGCUUUUUGUCACUCUUGCCACUCUCGCAGUGGCUGCCUCUGCUUCUCCCGCCAAGCGCCAGGAAGAUCUCGCCGACUGCACCUUCCUCCUCAAAGCCGAUGGUCCCAUUGACCAAACCGACCUCACCGCUAUCGCCAUCGAAUUUAACUACGUCCUCGGCCGUUCUCUUGCUGUAUCCACAGGCACCCCAGUCAACGGAGGAGCCGCUGAGAUCAUAACUGCUAGCUACGAUAACGUCUUUAACGUCCACAAGACACUCUCUGCAGAGGGAAAAACCUCGGCUGAAACUGCCGCCGUUGUGGAGGGGUGGGUUGGCGAGACCAAGUUGGGUCUCUCCGCCAACUGGCUUGUCCAGGCUGCGGAGUGCGCUUAG